AUGAAUAUAUUUUAUGAAAGAGAUGAAAUCACUACAGAUAACGUUGAAUACACAUCAAUCGAAAAUUUAUUAAAUAAUGAUAAUGAGUUUCGUUCUAUAAUGGAUACUAGUAGUAUCCAUCUAAUAACCAACAUGCAUGAUGAAACACCAAUUGCCAGUACAUCAGAAAAUUCAAAAUUCGUUGAUAACGAUCAAUUAAAAAACCUCCUCAUAGAAUGGAAUCUUGAUUGUUUGUACCAAAUAUGCAUAGAGCAACAAAUGGAUUUAGAGGCCUUAGGGCUAAUGAAUGAUAAUCAUUUUAAUAUAUUGUUGUCAAAUGUUCCACUGGGAACCAGAAUAAAAUUUGAAAGUAAAGUUAAAAAAUAUCAGGCAUCAUUAAUUCAAAACUCAGAACACACCACAGUUAAUAAGACAUCUGCAAUUAUUAUAAAUAAUGCUGAUGAAAUUUCACAAAAGGUCUCAAAAGUUACAACUGAAAAUCAAGUUUUUCAAUUACAUACCAUUUUGAAAAAUUAUCCUCAAGGAUCUUUUGUUCUGAACUAUUUUGAAAAACAUAACAUUCUUAAUGAGAGUUGUAGAAAUGUAUUAGUUGAAAUUAUCAUUAAUGACCUAAUAAAAAGAGAAUCCCAUAUGACAUUUAGGUUGGCUAAUUUAGUAGCUGAUGCUAUAAUUGGAACUUUUCCCACAGAAAUCAAAGAUACUUAUUUUCUAAAAGAUGCUAAAAAUAGUUCACCUAAAGGCAAAUUAUAUGCCAAAUAUUUUAAUACCAUAAGGUCUAUGAAGCAAAAUGGUUUAAUACCUGCAGCAAUUGGUAAAGAGAGAUCUUCAAAACCAUUGAGUCGUACAAUGGACAAAGAAAAUAGUAUACUCGCUACUGACCCUGAUUCGGAAAUAGUGUCAACAUAUCUAAAUGAUAAAGAUCUAACAUGGCCAGAAAUAGAAGACAUUUGGAGAAAAACUAUUAAUAACCGUCUAAACUAUAUUAAACAAAAUAAUGCUACAGACAUUUUUAAUAAAUGGCAACAGUAUACUCAACCAAUGGGUUAUAAACUUGUUGAUAUAGAUUUUCAAAAUGUCUUUAGCGAUUACACAAAUUUCAAAACUGUUUUUGAAAAGAACAUGGAUAAUUUAAUGAACAUUUUGAAAGAGAGAGUAAGAGAUUGUGAAAGCAAAAAAUUAUUAGAAACAUUUUGUUCAAUGCAAGAUAUAUCAACUGAUUCAAGAACGUUGAUAACAAUGUAUUUAUUGCAUUGUAUUUUCAUUCCCACCUCAAAAAAAUCAACUAAAGAUUGUAACGGAAAAAGAGGUUUUAUAAAAUUUAGUAUAAGGGACUCACAGAAUUCAUUCCUGGUUGUAACUCCAACAGCGGUGGAGAUGGAGUUAACAUUGAAAAAGAUGGCUGAAAAUGGUCCAAUACAGCCAUGCUUGUUAGUUGUAGGAUCAUUAUUUGAUCCUAAACAAAUCCUAGUUUAUUUCGAUAACAUUAAAUACAAAAUAUUUUCUGCUUACAAAGCGUUUGAUAUAUGCUUUAAGAUAUUCCAUGUCUUCAACGUGGAAUAUCCUCUAGAAUCGGGUGACGUAUGGCUGUUUAUACAAACUUUUUUUUACAACAUUACAACUAAGUAUGAUAAGUCAAACGUAUUAUCAAAACAAAUUUCAAACGAA